AUGGCGAGGAAGAGCAAGGGAAGGCAAAAGGUGGAGAUGGUCAAGAUGGCCAAUGAGAGCAAUCUCCAAGUGACCUUCUCGAAGCGAAGGUCUGGCCUUUUCAAGAAAGCCAGUGAACUUUGCACUCUCUGUGGUGCUGAGGUGGGCAUCAUCGUCUUCUCGCCCGGCAGAAAGGUCUUUUCCUUUGGCCACCCGAGCGUAGAGACGGUCAUAGACCGAUUCCUCUCCCGAAACCCAUCUAAUCACCACCUUCACCCAACCUCUGGCACUAUGCAGCUCAUUGAGGCUCACCGUAAUGCUACUGUGCGCGAGCUCAAUACCGAGCUGACCCAGGUCAUGAACCAACUGGAGGUGGAGAAGAAGCGCGGUGAUCAGCUGAACCAGAUGAAAAGGGUGAGCCAGGCUCAAUGCUGGUGGGAGGGUCCGGUGGAUGAGAUGGAGAUGCCACAGUUGGACCAGCUGAAGAGUUCCCUUGAGGAUCUGAAGAAGAACGUGUCGAAACAGGCUGAUAGGGUUUUGAUCCUGAACACGACAAACCCUAGCAGCCAGUAUUUUGUGGGAAGCUCAAGUCACCAGCCAGUGAUUCCAAAUGUUGGGUUCAACGGGAAUCAUCAUGUUAUGCCCCACCAUCCUCUUCCCCAUCUCGAUGGAUGGAACCACCCAGCUUAUGGACGCUUUUUUUGA